AUGGCUCCCUCAAAAUCAACAGCUGGGAAGAGCUCAGCUAAGCGAUCAACACAUCCUGGGACCGCAGCAGCCAAAGAGCAGAAAGCGGAGUCUAAUUAUCAAGGUCCGAGGAUCCCCAAGCCACCUGGGAAGGCCGGUCGGUCAAGCAACAAGGGCGGAUACAACCUUCAGGAAGCAAUGGGCCUGAAGGAAGACUCUGAUAGAUAUAACUGCUUAAGGACACUUGUGCGGAACCAGAUGGAUGGUCUGCUGAAGCCUGGACAGACAGUACGAAAACAGAAGAAGAUGGCUAUUGAGCUCUGUGUUGCUAAUCUUGUCAAGAAGUACAGAUUCUUUCGACGCUUCGAAGAUGGCUGGCCCAUCCGGGAUAUGAUCACGAUUAGGCUGCAAAAUGCGAAGUACUGCGCUACUCGAGCCCAUAAGGCCGAAAUGGAAGCAAGUAAUGGUGAUUCCGAGUCAGACUGCUCGAAUACUACCACAGAUGACAAAGAAGACAGUGGAGAUAGCGAGGAUCUGUACGACGAUGCGGAGCCUGAGGGAGACGGGGAUAGCGAUGUCACUGAAAUAGACGCGCUUCACGCAGUCUCACGAGUCCCGGUCCGAGAGAAUGAGGUUCAAAAGUCAGUCAAUGCACGCGAAAAGAAGAAAUUUGACGAGGUGCCUCUGGACACCAGGAGACUUGAGCAGCUCUGUCUCGCGUCUCGUGAACGGCUCGAACUUGUCUUGGACACAAAAGAAGAGUCCUUUAUCUGGAAGUGCCUCGAAGAGGAGGUCAAUCCAGUCACCUCUCUCGCAUCUCCAAACUAUCCCACGAUGCUGAGCUCAGUUACGCUGGAACACGUCAAAAUUGUUACGGCGGUUGACUAUUUCGGUGAAGACGGCAAGACAGUCCUUGCAUCUACCCUUGCCGGAAUGUUUCCUGCAGAAGAGAUGGACCCACUCCUCAUCACGCCAUUCAGGCCGCGGUCGUUUAUUGACCUCUUACUUAUGCCUGAGCUUGUGUUAGGCAUUCUUUGCCUGAUGCACGGGAUCUCGGAGGAAGAGGCCUACGAUAUGAAGACAAACCGAAUAAUUAUGAAGGAGAACCAUCGGAAGAUCCAAGAGGCUCUGUGUGAGGAUUCGGCCCGGGAACGGGGGCUAUAG